GUCCUGACGCUGGCCGGCAGUGAGGUGGCCCUGAAAACCUACGCUGAUGCGCGGACUGGUGUGGUGGUGAUGCUUGGGCUGGCGUCUCAGGCCUCCGACCCUCCGAUGCAAGGCGUGCAGACAAGGAUCAGCUCUUCUUCUUCAGCUCGUCCACCGAGAUCUGACAUUCCUUUCUUCUCUUCAUCAUCAGCAAACGCUCUUCCAUUGAGUAUGGUGACAACCUCUUCUUCCAGCGCAAACCAGUUGGCAGAGAAGAUCAGCAAUAUCGUCCUGACGCUGGCCGGCAGUGAGGUGGACACAAAUACCUACGCUGAUGGGCGGACUGGUGUGGUGGUGAUGCCUAGGCUGGCGUCUCAGGCCUCCGACCCUCCGAUGCAAGGCGAGCAGAUGAGGACCAGCUCUUCUUCUUCAGCUCGUCCACCGAGAUCUGACAUUCAACGCCCGUCUUCAUCAGCAAACACUCUUCCAUUGAGUAUGGUGACAACCUCUUCUUCCAGCGGUAGUAACUCGCAAAUGGUGACGACAAAUUCCUACAGAAACAACCAGCCCGUCUUUAAACUUUUGAAGGGAAAGGAGUAUUACAAAGAGUUAGUAGAAAUAAUGGGUAGGAAGAUCCGCUCAUUUAGUAUAUAUACUAAUGCCGGUAUUGCCAAUACAUCAGAAGCUCCACGUAAGGCAAGUAACGGCAUGAGGAUUUAUGUGGGUCCCAGAUUAGACGGGGAGCUAGGCUUGGCUGGAGGACCAGAAGUUGUGCAAUACAAUGGCGGUAAUAUUAUGGCAGGCGCUGGGUAUUCAGGCGAUUCGCAACAGAUAGGACCACAAAUAUGUUAUAACGCAACUGUGUCAUCUACUUCUGGACAGCAAGCUUACGUGCAAAUGAAUACGGCAAUAUCUUUUUCAGACUUAGAAAGCCAACUUAAGAUAUCUGUAGAUAUCAGUGGAAAAUUUCCUAUGUUUUCUGCAGAAGCAGGAGCAAGUUAUUUAAGAUCUGUACAGGAUAAGGAUUACUCCCUCUCACUAAAUUAUUAUGAAUAUGCCACGAAUAACGUAGGAGUGCAACUUGCAGGCUACGGUGAAGCAGCUCUAACUGAAGUUGGUAAAGGUUUUUACAAUGGUGGCAAGAACCCAUAUUUUGGAUUGUUAUGUGGCGAUAACUACAUUACUUCUUAUCAGCAGGUUGCAUUAUUGGCCAUGGGGAUUAACAUAAAAUUUAGUAGUUCUGUUGCCAAACAAGAGUUUGAGGAAAAGGCUGGAGCUACAUUUGGUAGUAUUAUAAGCGCUGCAGAAAGCGUGAAGAAUGUUGUGAUGAUGCAAGCUUUUCAGGUGGGAGGAGACCCUAGUCAGCUUUCCAAGAUAUUAAAUAAAGAUAGCAGCGGGAAGUACUAUGCACUGACAUGUAGCCUUACUGCGAUGGAAGAUUGUGUAAAAGCUGCUGGUGGUUUGCUGGAUUAUGCAAAAGAAAGCUUUUCAACACAGUUUUCAUUUCAAAAUAAUACAGGGUUAACGCCUCUUGGUAUUGCGUUUAGUCAGUACGCAUCAAUUAAAUAUAUAGGUCUUGUUGCUCCUCCCUCUCUAGUUACUCAGGAAGUUAUACAAGAUCGAGAUAGUCUGUUCACUACAUUAAAAUAAAAUCAAUACUACCAACAAAAACUCUACCCGUUCUUUAAUCAAGGAUACCCAGUUGGACUGGCUGCUACAUUCCUCAACAAGUCGAAGUCAAUUUUGUCUAAAGCAGAUAGCAAUGUACGUCUGUUAAUGCAAGCACACGAAGGAGCUGCUGACUGUUUUACUUUUCCAGAUCAGUGCCACAACAUUAAAGCUAGUAUAGAUUCUCAGCUUCAAAAUAUUACAAGAAGUGAUUUAUCGUUUUUAGAUGAUAUAAAAUACUCAACUGUUACUCUAGGUGGUAUGUUUUACAAUACAGGCGGAGGUUUACCGACAUCAUGGUCUGCUGUUGUUAUACCAACAUCUCAAGACACACUUCAUAACGUCCGCAGCGUUUCCAUUACAGAAAAAGAAUACUCAUUUGAUGUUGAUGUUUAUGUCCCAGAUUUAUUUGAAUACGUAUUUACCGGUAAAUCCAGCAAUGGGGUAUGGUAUGUUGGAACCUUAUGUGAUCAACGUGACAGGUAUGACGAUACAGCAAAUUGGGAACAUUGUUGGCCUAAAAGUGGAUUUAUUAAAAAGAUAUCACCAUUUUUCUUUGAAUCUUAUGAUAUUGCCGACGAUAUGACGACUAUGAAUGCGUAAAUAGCUUAUAAUAUAUGAAGAAUUAGCGGUGAAUGGUCUCAACAACAUAAGCUGUGAUUUUGUCUGGCAGAUUUUGCAUGAACAAUUGUCGAGUUAGGCCAAUUUCAAAUAUUUGAAUCACAAAAUCUCUGAUAGGCAUUGUCGACUUUUCUUGAGCUUUCGUCCACGAUAAGAAGAUUAUUUUUUGAAUCGACUUAUCAUCAGGAAAUACAUCCUGGCUUCUU